CCCCCAUCGACAUCAUCUAUUCCGUGCCGGGCAUGAGGCACCCCGCCUGGCCCGGCGCCGGCCCACUCUACGACCUGAUCGGCCCCCUUGAGGCGCGAGGACAAAGGCGUGCCGUGUAUAAAACGCACAGGCCGGGCGGGGGCGCUCGAGCGAUCCCCCGAUUGCUUUUUGCGCGCCGCCAUGUUCUCCGCUGCCCGCGUUUCGUCCUGGCUCUUGGUCCUCUUCAGCGCGCUUGUGCUCGUUGCGCGCGCUGCACCGCUCGAGACCAACGCCCAGCGCUUCGCCCGCGGCCUCCCGCCUUUGGCGCCUGCUAACCUGCGCAGAACGAGCACGGGGACUGACAGUGCUGAGCAUGGCCACCCGUCUGCUAAGCCACCUGUCUCGUACUCUGGUCGUCUUCAGGCAAGGACAGCGGAUGGCACUGUCGUUGGAUUCAUCAGGAACUGGGAGGGCGCAGCGUCCAUCUCCGGCAUCAACUUUGGCACAAGCGACGAAGAGCUUCACGUCUCCUUCUUAACCUCCGGCGGCAACAAGCCCUUCGACAUCCUGGCCACCAACCCCAACUUCCCUGCGCCCUACUACGUCGGCGCCUCCGGUACCGGCCCUCUCGCCAAGGGCAGCUAUAAAACCGUCGCCUUCACCAACGUCGGCCAGACCCCUGCUGGUUCCAAGCCCGUCAAGGCCGGCGAGUACUCGUACGAGUCCGCGAUCUGGACGUUCAAUCCGCAGACGAAGGCGCUCACUGCCCAUUUCGUGAACCCCGACGGAAGCAAGCCCAAGACGCAGCUCGCGUACGACGCGCGGGCGAACGAGCUCUUCUUCGUCGGCGACCUCGCCGCGUACAACAAGCAGUUCGACUACUAUCCCGCCGGCGCUGUGAACCUCUACCUCGUCGACUAAGCGGACAACUCUGAACGGGGGCGCCUCCGCUAGCGUCAAGUGAGCAUCAAGUGAGGCGCCCGUGUUCUGUGCGGCGCCAAGCAAGGUGUCGGUGCAACGUCAAGGUCAAGCAAGGCGUUAGCAUCAAGCGCGGAGGCGCCUCUCCCCAACGACGAUUCCAGACGCCGUGGCUAGCUCGGACGUUCUUGCGAAUCGGACAUUGUAUUAUCUAUAAGGGCUGUAAGUGUGAUCGGACUCGAACUGAGCGCUACGUACAUCGGCUACGUACCUAGACUUUUGGACUGUUGUGACCCGCGAACUCGUACGACAUGCGAACUGGACUAGUACACUACACUAAGUAUGAGAGAAACCUUGCUAGGUAGUCCUCACCGGGCCCCUUGAUGUGCUUACGACGGCGACCACUUACCUCGUGGCCGUUUGUACGAACUUUGUGUACAAACUUUGAUGUUUGUUGAUGUCUAUGAAGGUGUUCUGCGCUAGAGUGUGG